UACUAACAAAGCACAAGUAAGCGUGAGUCAGUUUAUGCAAUAAAGGCGGGGGAAAAGUGGUGAGAUAUUAUUUGAACAAAUAUACGAUUAAAGUUAGUUAGAAUUGCUUUCGAUAUAUUGACGUUACAAUAUUUACAAUAGAAUUUGAAAUAGAUAAUAAUUUAAAGGAAACGCGUAUAGCUUUGAAACGUAAGUUGAACGUACGUUACACAGUUUCUCGUUGACGCGUAAUUAACCUUACUUUUUUUCUCUCUUGUCGUAAAAUAAAUUUAGAUAUCGCAAUUUAUUAAUCAUUUUUUGUUAAUCACGGAUGGACCCCUAUCAUUAUUUAUAUUUCGAGGGUAAGUUUAAUAAUGGCUAGUGACUUAUCAAGUGGAUGUAACGAAUCUCUCGAAGUUUUGGAUGAAAGAGAGGAAGGUGAAAUAUCUUUGGAAGAUGUGAGCUCUUCCGAGGAAGGACACCUCGGUUACGGAUAUGGGAUCAAAACUGGAAGAUGCGUUAAUUGUCUUUCCACUCAACGUUGUACGCCAUGGUGCACUUCUGCUAAAUAUUACCAUCACAAGAAUUCUAAUAGAAAAGAUACGGUCCAAGAAAAGGAAAAUCGACAUUAUGCAAAAGACUCAGGAUCCGCAGGAGUCAAGCAUACUGCCUCUACGUUACAAGAAAAGAAUGAUGAUCUUGUACCUAUUUCUAGUGACAGUGAUAUGGAAAUUGUUGGUCUUGUGGAUAAUUCUAAACAGAAGCGCUCUAUGUCAAGAUCAAGAAGUAAGAAAAAGAAAAAGAAGGAAAGGAACCAUGUUUCCAGCACCAAUGACGACAACUUGGUUUCUUCGUCCUCAAUAAAUGUUGUUGUAGGAGAGACUACGUUAAAACACAACAAUGACAAUUCUAAAGGAGACCGUUUGUCCAGAUCUCAUCGUAGAAAUUUAAGUCCGUUGCAUAGGAGAUCAAGAAUAACUACUAAAUCUCCAACUAGAAGACACAGACCGUCAACAUGGUUCAAAAUGCCUCUUAGGAAAUCAAAAUCGCCUAUCAUGCGUAGCAGAUCGCCGGUAUUGAGAAAAUCCCCUCGUAGACUUAGAUCUCCAAAAAGAUCUGAGCGUCGAUCGCCUACAAGAGCGAUAUCAAAAAAGAUGUCAAAAAAUGAACAGUUGCCUUCGUCCAAUGCUUUUAAUGAGAAUGUCUAUGGCGAUGUAAAUAAAUUAUUAAAGAAAGUAAGACGUUUAGAUUCUGUUAGAAUUCAAGUGCAAGAUGAAAAUGUUAAAAGCAAAGAACACAGUUCGUCAUUAAAAGAAAAAUUAUCAAAUAUGAUAAAAGGUAUGUCAGACAAUAACGAUAAUGUAACUAAUUGUACCAAAGAGAAGAUGGUUACGUAUGUGAGAAUAAAAAACGAUGGCGACGACGAAGAGGAUUUAGCAUUGUUGAGACAAAAAGCGUUAGAAACGAAGCAAAAGCGUAAUGAGAAAAACAACGAACAGAGCAAAACAGAUUAUGAAAGUAAAACGUCCAGUUAUGACGACGAUCAUGACGAAGAAGAUCUCGAGUUGCGUAUGAUAGCAUUACGUUCUGCAGUAUUGAAGAAACAUCAAGACAGAGUACAGAGAGGCGUAAAGACUAAAAAAUAUGAUAUUUCCUCUAUUUCUCGUAGUAAAAGUCCAUUUAAUCAGAGCUUUUUGGAUAGUAUAUCUAUGCCUGGUGAAACACAUAUUGAUUCGUUGCCACCAGCUGCUCAAAUGUUUUCUUCUUCGAAUGAAGUGAUGCAUACUGAAGAUAUGGAACUAGAUACUGAUAUUGAACAGGAAAAAGAAAAAUUGCCAUAUUCUCCAACAGACAAUAUUACUAAUGAUAUACCCAUAGACACGCACCUGUUAGGAAUGCAAACAUCUGAUGUUUCGUUUAUUAAUCUUAACAAAAGAACUAAUAGUCCAUUUUUCGAUAAUACAAAUAAUCAAUUGGAACACGGAACUUUAAGAACAGGCAUUAUUGAAAACAAAAGCUAUUUAUCGAAUAUGAUAAACUGUGCAAAUACCGAAAGUACAUUUUAUGACAUUAAUACAGAUGCUCCUUAUUCUCCAUCUGAUUCCAUUGAAACUAGCAAAUCUGAUAUUAUUACUACCAAACAAAUUAAUGAAUCCAUAUCUACCUCUCAAUUUAGUGGUACACAUUGUAAUAUAACUAACGAUAUAUCUAGUACCAAUGAAAAUUACAUGCCAAUGGAUAUUAAUAUGGGUCAAGAGAGACCUUAUUCACCGACCGAUGCUCCUAUAUAUGACCCUGAUCUAUCUCAAACGCUUCCAUUGAUACAAACAUCUUUUUCAAAAACUUCUGAUUUAAUGUCCCCAGAAAUGAUGUACGAUCAUUCUUAUGGAAAUUUGAACAUAUUGAAAAGAGAAAAUCUACAUGGAAAAGAACAUGUUAACGAGAUGGAGACUUUAAUUACAAGAAAUCAAAAUGAUUUUCCGCAUUUCUUUGAAGAAGGUUCUAUGUCUCCCAAUGAUUCAAUGGUAACGAUUGAUGAUCUUCCGGAUGCAGACGAAGUUGAUCGAGAAAAAUGUUUAUCUUCAAACUUGGAAAAUAAGGAUAGUAUGAAUAAUAAUCCAACUAAUAAAGCAGAAAACACGAAAUUAGCUGACGAACCGCUCUAUAUGCAUGGUGUUCCAGAUGUUACCAAAGAUAUCAAUAAAAUUCCUACUCUUAUCAAUAGAACAUUGGUUCCUGCAACAAUAUUAAAAUCAAAUAAACAAUUGCAACAACCAUGGCCUAUGAAAAAACAUGAAAAUCAUAUUGAACCAACAUUCAAAAGUGCCGAAAUGCAACCAAUUCCAAUUGAUUUAAAUGUCAAUGCAAAAUUAACCACUCAGUUCAAACCUAUGAAGCUUACAUCUGUUGCAAAAAAACCACAAACAAUAUUAACUACACCUGUAGCAUUUAAAAAUUGCUUAAAUGACGAGAGUAUAAAUAACGUAACAGAAGACGCGCAUGCUACCUUACCCAAAGAACAAGAAAUUAGUCCUAAUAUUUCAUCAGCUAAGUCAGAUAAAAGUGUUCUUAUUAAUAUUACAGAUUCAGUGCCUAAGAAAAAGAAACGUGGAAAAAGAAGUAAAAGGAAGAAUAAUAAUACUAUUCAAAAUAUUAAAAUUACAAUUUCUAAUGAAAAUAAAAAGAAAUUUGAGAGUGACUCUGGUGCAUCAGGAGAAACAAAUGAAACUAUGAUGAAUAUGGAAAGUGAAUUACCAUCUAGCAUUAUUCACAAAGAACAAAAUAGUAUAUCUAAUGCAGCAGUUCUCACUGAUUCUGAUAAUGUGAAAUUAACAACUAAAUUGAAUCAGGAAAGUAAUUCACAUCUAUCUAAUGAAAUAGAAAAAGAUAGUAUUGUACAACAUCUUACAAAUGUAGAGAGCAAUAAUAAUUCAUCGCUUAAUGUAGUAAAUGAACACAUACCAGAGAACACAAAGAGAAGAAGGCCAAGCAUAGACGAAGACGAGGAAGCUUUGAGGGCAAGUUUAUUAGCAUCAUUAGCAAAACGCUCAAAAUCUUCGGAUAUCAGUUCUUGCAGUGCAUCUGUGGUUACCACAACUGCUACAUUAUCAUCUAUUAGUAAUGUCCCAGUUGUACAGAAAAUACAACAGACGGAUACGGCAAUACCCACGUAUCAAGUUCAAAGCAAUAAUACUAUGCCCCAUUCAUUAUCACAAUUCGCAUUUGCAUAUAAUUCUGGAGAUGAAAAAAAUCAGGUGCCCGGUGCGCCAGUACCAUCUACUGAUAUUGCAAAAGAAAAUGCUAUCGUCAAUGAUACGGCUUCCCGUUUAACAUAUAUGGCAAAUUGUAAUAAGAAAAGACCACUUCCUUUGUUAAAAGGUCCAACAAAAAAAUAUCUAAAAAAAGUCUCAAUUCCUGCAAGUACAAAAGUUGUAAAUAAUGCUAAAAAAUACCAAAAUACAGUAGUCCAAAAGAAAUUAAUUUUACAAAAAGCAGUAUCUAAUUAUAAUGCUGACAAAUUGUUAGAUAAUAAAUCAAUUCUUAAUAUAAGGCCUUGCGAAAAUAAAUGGAUAAGUAAUACAAAAGUCAUAUCUUCAGACAUGCAACGCAUUGUGAUAAAUUUAGGAUCUGACACUGAGGAAAGCGAUUCGGAUUAUGAAAGAUAUAAAACUAAUUCUAUUUCUGUGUCAAGUUCGGAUAAAGUAGAAAAACGUCCGAUUUUAAAUAUUCCUACGACGGAAUUUGAGAGAAGCGUAGAUCAAUUUUUAAGAGAUGUUAGAAAGAAACAAGAAAAUGCAGCAGCUAGCAAACAAACUAUUCCUUUGCAUAACGUAACUAAAAAGAAUUUGUCAUCCGUUACGUCAGUAGAAAGUAACAUUUCUCCUGCUGUUCAUACACCCUUGGCAGUGCGACAUCUUCCAGUAUCAAAGCAAGAGGAGUAUCGUCGAUUGAAACAACAAAUUUUCGAACGUGAAAUAUUAAAAAAGAAAAAGACCGCAGAAACUGGUACUUUUAAGACAACAAACAAUAUUAACAGCGCAUCGUCACAUUCCACAAUGUCUGAUAGUUUAAGCAAAGAAUCGUUGCCAUUGUCUAAAGAGAAUCCAAUUGGACUUGUAAAGACUCAAAAUCUAAAUUUACAAAUAUCUAUAAAAAAUAAUAACGAAAGAAAUAUCGAGGUGGUAAAAAGGAAUACAAAUUCCUCGACAUCUUCGGUUAUUCCAAAUUCUAAAAAAAGAUCUUUGCAAAUGAUUGUUUCAAAUCCUUCCAAUGCACAAACGUCGAACGAAAAAGUAUCUGAACACAGUAAUAAGAUAAUGAAAACAACAGAAAAUAAAUAUCCACAAGAUACAAACAAGUUUAAAAUAGCAAUGGCUUCGUUGAAAGUAUUAACUACGGACGAAGUCAAUCAUAAACUUGUUCAAAUUCAGGUAGACCAGCACGAAUCUGAUCGAACAAUAAUGAUAAAUAAUAAAACAGAUUUAUCGGAAAGAACAGACUUAAUAAAUACUGAAAACAAACAAGAUAAUAAUGUAAAAAAAAAGAAAGAUGAUAGAAUUGAUGUUGAAUUUAGUCAGGAUCAUGCUAAGGAACACAACGAAAUGAAUAAAGAAAAUGAACAAGAAAUGAACAGAGAUAACAGUAAGUUAACUAUCGAAGAUAUUAAUAAUUUGGACACGUUGAAUGUAAAUUUAUCGAUAGAAGGUGAAAAUUUACACAACAAAGAAACUACAGCAAAGGAUCAAUUAUUAUUUACGUUGGUACAAGACGAAGCAGCAAAAAAAGAUGAUACAGAUUUAAAUUUAUCCAAUAUUGAAAGUAGCUAUGAAAAUGAUAUAAUAUUAGCGACAAAUGACAUGAAAAUAAAUAAAAUACAAGAUCUCGAAGAAUUACAGGAAAGUAUAAAAAAGGAUGUUACAACAGAAUUAAAUUCUCUUGUUAAUCUUCCGAGGAUAGAACAAGUACGACACUUAAUGGACACGGAACAAAAAUUAGUUAUGAAAAGGUACUUAGUAUUAGACAAUCUUGCUGAAAUGUCAGGAGAUUUACGUCAAUGGAAUAUGGAGAGAGAUUUGCAAACAAGUUGCGUGGAAGAAAUUAAAAAAUUAAAAGAACAAUUAAGAUUGGCGGAGAAAAAGUUACAAGAUCAUCUUAAUAAAAUUAAUAGUAUAGGUCCUAAAGUAAUGGAUACGCGUAACAAAAUCAAUAAUGGAAGACGAGAAUGUUUUAAAUUGUCGAGAAUCUGUAAAGUUUUAGGCACCAGAGUUAUAGGACUGGAUUAUAAAAUACCUAAAGCUGGAGCAGAUCUUUUAGAGAACAAAUUAAAAGAGGUCGUCAAUCAUUCACGACAACUUUCCCAAAAGAAAGUACCUUCUGUUCGUGUAUCAGAAAUGCAUAAAAAUGUUAUUCCUGAAAAACAGACUGAACCAGAACCUGUAACCGAACUUGAAUCCGAAUCCCAACCCGAACUUGGACCCGAAUUCCAAACUGAAACUGAACCCGAAUUCCAAACUGAAAUUGAACCCGAAUUCCAAACUGAAACUGAAUCCAAAUUCCAAACUGAAACUGAACCCGAAUUCCAAACUGAAACUGAAUCCAAAUUCCAAACUGAAACGGAACCCGAAUUCCAAACCGAACCCGAAUCCGAAUUCCAAACCGAACCCGAAUCAGUACUUCAAACUGAACCCGAAUCUGUAUUCCAAACUGAACCUGAACUUAUAGAAAUAGAAAUACCAAUAUUAGAAAAUUCUGUUGUAAUAGAACAACAGGAUAAGGAUCUUUCUGAGAAUAAUAAUAUAAUGAUAUCGGAAAAUGGUACUGCAGUAACAUUAACGAAUACUCGGAAAUCAUUGAAACAAGAAAAUGAAGAAGAAGAAACGGCAGAAGAAAGUGAUGAAGAAAGCAAGAAGAGAGAUAGUACUUUUCCCAAAACAAAUGAUAUAAUAAGGCAUGAUCAUUAUUACGAUAAAACGACAAUUGGAGCAGAAUAUUGUAUAGAUAAUAAUCUUACCAGAAAGAAUGGAGAUUGUGAUAUUAUUUGGUAUUCGAAAACGGACCCAAAACAUUGCCCAAACAGGGCAAGAAUUUUACAAGAAAUCGAUGAUCGGAAAAAGAAAGCUAUCGAACCUUAUGUUUCGAUGUUAACACAUUUGAAACCAUCAAGGAACACGGAUCCCCAUGGAAUACUUUGCCCGUACGAGUUAAUGGGAACUUGCAACGACGGAGAUUGCCGAUUCGUUCAUCAAUCUGUCAUCAUGUAUGAUCAUCAGUCAACGGGAGACAAAACGUUAGAAGAAAAACAAGACUGUAUUGAUCUAGACGCGGUGCAUUUUGAUCACCCAAGUAGAAGCAACGCCCGAAGAUGGAGAUGAUAUAAAAGAUGAAGAAGACGUUCAAUACGAAGAUUCGAAAUUAAAGAAGAAGACGGCCUAAUGACCAACAUCGGGGAUUGUGUGGAGUAUCUUUUCAUACUUCGAUAUACGUUACCUCAUAAUUAAUUAAAAGUCUUGUACCUGUAUAAUAAAAAUUGAAUAUUUUAUUCCUUUCUAUGAUA